AUGGCGAGCGGGGGGCAUGCAGGAGGCCUUGUGUAUGGUUAUGGUGAGGACGACUUGAACCGGACUGAGGAUGUUGAAGACAAAGUUUCUGGAGAUGAAGACAGUCGGGAUAGCAACUCGGAGAUGGACGAAUCAGACGAGGGGAGAGACGCUGAUGAUUUUGAGAUCCCAGAGGCUGAAAAAAAGGACCCCAAUGAACUUGUUGCCCUGUUCUCAGAGAGGGUGAGGAACAUGUCGCCUGACCAAAUCCGAAUCCCCCCCGAGCCCCCCCGCCCCCGCCCCCCCCCACCGCAGGAAAAGAUCCACAAACUGUAUGAGAGGAAGCUCCAUGGAGAUUUUGACACAAACAGCCACAUCCAGAAAAAGAAAGAAUUUAGAAACCCAAGCAUUUACGAGAAGCUCAUUCAGUUCUGUGAUAUAGACGAGCUGGGAACCAACUACCCAAAAGAUAUGUUCGACCCCCACGGCUGGUCAGAGGACUCCUACUAUGAGGCUCUCGCCAAAGCCCAGAAGGUGGAGAUGGACAAGCUGGAGAAGGCCAAGAAGGAGCGGACAAAGAUUGAGUUUGUCACAGGAACUAAGAAAGGCACCAACCCCUCCAGCACGGCCCCCUCCACCACCAGCUCCACCACCUCCACCACAGCCACAGAUGCCCAGAAGAGGAAGAGCAAGUGGGACUCGGCCAUCCCUGUAACAGUGGCCCAGCCCACUCUCAUCACCACCUCGGGCACCCUUCCAGCCGUGGUCUCCGUGACGACCACAGCUAGCGGCACCAAAACGACGGUCAUCUCCGCAGUGGGCACCAUCCUAAAGAAAGCCAAGCAGUGAGGAAGAAGAAGAAUCAGAGGACCUGCACGUCGCUCCAUCAGAGAAAGGGAGGAAUGGGCUGAGUGUUCCACACACGGACUCAGUGAAAGACUGAGCCUCCUCCUGGCUCUGGGAAUGCAUCUGCACCACUUUUUGGCCAUCUUUAAAACAAAAUCUGUUUUUUUCAGGAUGUGUAAAACACCUCCUCAUUUAAAACAAAGAUGGAAAUGAGUCCACAAACACAUCUAUUGUCUGAAAAGCUGUUUAUUUUUAUAUCCAAACUUCUGGUACACUGUUGUCCUGCUUCCUCUGGCUUUUAUUUGUAAUAGCUCUACAUGUGCACAUGUUUUCCAGAAUUCUUUUUCUCCCUUUAUGACAUAGUGAACCAUGUUGAGGAAAGACUUUUUUAACUUGUACAUAUUUGUUGAUAAGGUGAAUAAAUUGAUCAGAUGUUGCCUUUUCAA